AUGCCGACACAGACGACAACGACAUCGACAAACGUCGCGUACAAUGGAUUCGUGAAUACUGACGAAGUGCCGCCGCCGCCCCAACGAGAAAGACCGCCGGUUGUUGGGGGGCGGCAAUCAAAAGAGAGGGUGCGCGUGUGCCUUUGUGUGAAAAUAUCGGUCGGGGGUGAGGGAGGAAAACCUGCGGCGGCGGUCGGGGGAUCGAUAAGCGCCGGCGACGGGGCCCGGCCAGGCGGCGAGCGCUCCCAUUCGCGACUGCCGGCCACACCCAGUGACACACCGGAGGGCGACGGGCACCGCCCCGAACUUCCCCAUAGACAGCCGACACGUAACCACCAUCCCCGCUUCCACCGUCCCAGCGCGAAGAGUUUUCCCGUCGGGGCCUGGUAG